AUGAGGGAGGUACGUAAAACUGGGCUCAAACCAUUUGUGCUCCAGGAAGAGGGUGUAGCCAUAGUUUCGCAAAGUGGUAUGGAUAUGCCUAGUGGGAAGGUGACGGAUAGGGAGCGUGAACCCCCGGAGGCGGCCGCUAGGGAGACAAUAUCACACGAGGAAGGUGACGAUGAUGAGGAGCAAGAGAGAGAAGGAACGAUGCAAUUGGAAGGCGCAUCCCUCACGAGGGAAGAUUUAAUCUAG